GAUUAUUAAUGUCGUCUUCUUCUUCCUUCUCUCCAUAUUUACUGGUGAGCGCCCUAUCUAUCUAUCUAUCUAUUACAACUCUACUCAUUGAGUGACUGUGUUUUAUAUAUCUUCUUAAGAAACAGUAUUCAUUCAUCAAUCGAUCGAUCGAUCUGAGUAGAUCGAAGAGAGAGCAAUAUUAUUACAUGCAAAUUAAUUAAUGGGUCGGUCUCCAUGCUGUGACAAAGUCGGUCUCAAGAGAGGUCCCUGGACACCUGAAGAAGACCACAAACUCCUUGCUUACAUUGAAGAACACGGCCAUGGAAGCUGGCGAGCUUUACCUACAAAAGCUGGACUCCAGAGAUGCGGCAAGAGUUGCCGGCUAAGAUGGACUAAUUAUUUACGGCCUGAUAUUAAGAGAGGCAAAUUCAAUCUACAAGAGGAACAAACUAUAAUUCAACUCCAUGCCCUCUUAGGAAACAGAUGGUCGGCCAUAGCGACCCACUUGCCCAAAAGAACGGAUAAUGAGAUUAAGAACUAUUGGAAUACUCAUCUCAAGAAGAGGCUUGACAAAAUGGGCAUCGACCCAGUUACCCACAAGCCCAAGAACGACGCCCUUCUCUCCGGCGACGGCCAAACCAAGAUUGCCGCCAAUCUCAGUCACAUGGCUCAGUGGGAAAGUGCUCGCCUUGAGGCAGAGGCCCGUCUUGCUAGGCAAUCCAGGGUUCGCAUUUCCACCGCCUCACUUCCUCCUCCUCCAACGACAAAGAACAAGCAUUCUGUACCUUCCGCCGACCCGCCGCGAUGCCUUGACAUAUUGAAGGCGUGGACAGGUAUUUGGUCCACUAAGUCAACGACCAGAACGUCUCUUGGUGACCUGGAAUCGCCAACGUCGACUCUUAACUUCUCCGAAACUGCUCCGCCGACGAUUCCACAGGUGGGAAUAAUCGGUGAAAGCUCGACAGAUUUCAUUGAAUUCGUGGGCAGUAGUUCGAUGAAAGAAGAAGAAGAAGAGGGUGGGGUGGGGCAGUUAACGGAAGGUUCGUCUUCAUCAAUGAGUUGCGGCGGCGUAUUCCAACGGAUGGGGGUUGAAAGUGGUUGGGGGUCAGAGUCUUUGAGGCAUUUGAACGAACAUGUGGCGGACGGAAGCUUUAUAGAGAGGUUUACAGACCUUCUUCUUCAAAAUCCGAACGCCGGCGGCGAUGGUGGCGGUGGUUUGUCUGAGAAUGGAGGAGGAGGAGGAGAUUCCGAUAGCGGAAGUGAUUACGAAGAAGAAGAAGAAGACGAAGGUGAUAACAAGAAUUACUGGAACGAAAUUCUCAAUUUGGUUAACUCUUCUCCUUCGUCAUCCGAUUCCCCUGUUUUCUAGAAAUGGCGUAUUUAAGGUUUAGACUUUUACUUUGUGUAAGGUUAUUUUAUCUUAAUAGACGCUUUCUUGUUCUU